GGCUCCGGGCGGGUUUUGGAUGCAGUCUGAGUCCAAGUAUGAAGAAGAGAUGCCUUCUCUGCACUGGGGGAUAGAUCCUGUAUUUUCUGCAUUUGCAAGACUCUAUAUUAAAGAUAUUAUAGAAAUGAGAGAAUCUAAACAGGUGCCAGGUAUAUUCUUUUAUAAUGGCCAUCCGAUAAGACAGGUGGAUGUUGUUGGGAUAGUGGUUCAAAUGAAGGAGCGAGACGCCUUUUAUAAUUGUGGAGUGGAUGAUAGUACUGGAGUUAUAAAUUGUGUCUGCUGGAAAAAUCCCAUGGUAGCAGAAACACCUUUAUCAGGUCAGCCAAGUACAGCGAGCAGUCUCAAUGUGUUUGAACAGAUGAAGAAACUCCAAGAAACAGUAAGCCAGAAAACCAAGCUGGCAAUUGGAGAUGUCGUCAGGGUCAGAGGUCACAUCCGAACCUAUAGGCAGCAAAGAGAAAUUCAGGCUUCAUGUUUUUAUAAAGUGGAUGAUCCCGUGUGUGAUGUCCAGAUUUCAAGAAUGCUGGAGCUCCCCUCUCUCUAUAGAGAAGUUUACGAUAAACCUUUCAAGGGCCCUGAGGAAACACUGAGUGGCCUGGAGGGUCAGAAUUUCUCAAUCCAUCUGCUGCAUGAGCAAGUGCAAAGCUUUCUAUUAGAAAACAAAAUUCAGACCUUUUACCAGCAGGAGUUGGAAACAGUUGAUUCUCUGGUGUCUCUGGCUGGUGUGCAUCUACCCAGCCCCAGCUGUCAGGAGGUGAAGUCAAAAAGUAACUCCAGUUCCAAAAGGAUUCACAGUGUUUUUAAGGAAGCAAUAAAGAUGCUACAAGAAAAAGGAGUGGUUUUCCAGAAACCUAGCAGCUCCAAGGACUUAUACUAUGUGACUGACCAUGAUAAAGAGCUGUUUAAAGUGACGCUUGAUGUGAUUAAAGAAGACUGUCGAAAACCCAGGCAUGCUGAAAAAGGCUGCCAUUUCCUUCAUGUCCUGAGUUGUGUUCGACAGAGCUACAACCCCUCUCUGGCUGAAGUGGUGAUGCAGCGUGUCUUGGAACUGCUGGAGAACAACAGUGAUGUUGUCAGCACAAUGGAAGGAUAUUUUAUGGUAUUUUAAAGAGAAAAGAUAAGAAAGAGAGGUUGAGAGACUGUGAGAAGCUGUCAUUAGCUGGUAUGAUCUAGAUAGUGGACAAAAAAGAGCCUUUUGAUUCUCCAAAUGCUAUUUUUGUCUAGCUUCAGAGAAAUUGUUCAAAUACUUCUUUUAAUAUUCUUGCUGACUUCCUUGCUAUUCCUAGUGAUAUCAAACUGAUUCUGGACAUUCUAAUCUAGCAGGGAACUGGAAAAGAAACUGUGCUCUUUUACUGGAGUAGGAUGAGACAUUGACCAUCCUCACAUGUGCAUCCAGUGGGCCUAAAGAAAAGUCACUACUGAAGAUCAGUUUACAGCAGUGAUCAUCUCAGGAGAUAUUUUUCUGGCUUAAAGACUGAUCUUGCAAACUUUCAUGUGGUAAUAGCUGUGGAUCUUUCUUUUUAUGUGAAUUUCAUACCACCUAGAGAAAGGACACACAAACAGAAGGAUUUGCCUGUUCUUCCUGGCAGUGCUGGUGCACCUUUGUCUGUGAAUAUGUAGUCCUCAAUCUGGACAGCUUUCCCACUACCAAAGCAACCCUCACCAUUUUCUGUGAGGUAAUAUUCAGGAAUGGGGUCCUACAUCCCUUCCCCAUCCUGCAGCCUUUCCCACUGGUUGUCAAGCACGUCUGCAUUCCUCUGCAUUCCCAUCUGUGCUACUGAUGCCUGUUGUUGCUGUUCCUCUUCAGACCAGAAUUUUCAAAGUCAGCUAUUGUUUUGCUGACUUUUUUUUGUUUUUGACUUUUUAUUGUUUUUCAGUUGCUUCCUACAUCACAAAUGGUAAAAUAUAAAUUACAUGCUUUGGAAAAAAAUAUACAGAAGCCACUGAGACUCACUGUAAUCUCCUCUGCCUGUUGCUUUUUGUCUUUUAUUCUUUGUCACUGUUGUGGUAAAAUACUGCCCAUAUCUGUGCUUGCAGAAGAACACAAGGCAUAGAAGAAACAGCACUGGCCUAAAGAAGGUUACCGUGCAAGAUGUUUGAUCUGGAAUAAUUAUAACUCUGUUAUGUGCAACAGUAAAAAAGCAAAGUUGUUCAAUAUUUAUCCUUAGAGAGGCCUUGCUGCUGCAGGGGCUUGUCUGUUUAAUUAACCUGUUUAAUUUAUGGUGUGGAGGUGAGACCUUUAACUUGAAAAGAGUACAAAAGAUUGAAUUUAUCCUUCUUUCCUUUGCACCUACCCUGUAGCAGUUGAAAUAGCAGACUCCCAGGAGGCAGCUGUAGUGGUAAAGCCCUAUAAGGAUUGACAUAGCAGGGAAAAAUAAACCAUAUGCAUGAGGAAAGCCAGUGAGUAGCCGCAUGUGUGCCAGCUCUCUGGUUUGUUAUAUUAUCUGCCUCACUCCAAGCCUUGGCUGCAGAUAUAGGCUAAGAGAAAAGCAUGACAAAAUAUUUGGCAUUUGCAUUCAGAGGCCUGUGGAAAACUCUGGCCUUAAAGAGAUGUUCGUAUGUAUGAAUCAUUCAUUUGCUGUGUAUUCCCUUUUUGCUGCAGGACUCAGUAGUUGGUUUCCUCACAGAUUUCCCUACUCCUCAUGUUGUUUCUCUGCUUUGAGUCAGGUACCUUCUAGUCAGAUCACAAUAUGGGCCCUGAACAGGUGCUGAAGGGAUGUACCUGUGCGGAAGGAAAUAGAAGAGGAUUAAGGAAGAGCUGUAGAAUAUUUGUUCCUGACUCCCUCCCCAUGCUCUGAAUAGCUCUAAUCAGGAAAAGAAGGCAGAUUCUGAGUCAAGUGGUACUAAAGGGAAUUGAAACUUUAAUUUAUGCCUAUGAGAAGAUACGGUUGGCCACUGGGGAGAAUUGCUUUUUAAAUUCCUGCUCUGAUUGUUGAUCAGUUAGAAGUGAUGCUUAAAAACAAGGCUAUCUAUGGAAGAAGUAGCUUGGAAUAUUGAAUCCUAAAUUCAAAUUCACUUCAGGAAUUGCCCAUAACCAAGCAGUACAUAUGGUUAAAUUGCUUAUUAGGCCUGAAUUUGAGGAUAUUUUAAAGGAAAGUAUGAGGUGUUUCAGACCAUUUGGAAGAGUAUGGCAUCUAAUUUAAGAGACUGUCUUGGCCAUUUUCUUGAAAUGUUCUGUAUUAGCAGAAGUUUCUUUUGCUGGGAAAGAGUUAAAGGAACAGUGCUAGCUCAGUGGGAAAGGUGAUCUCCUCUCUUAAGUUAGAAGAAAGACCCUGGUUCUCCUGAAGAUGACAGCUGAGUGUGUGGGCUGGAUGAGUUUGGGGAGAAAAAGAGAGUUUGGAGAUCAGGUUGCUCUUUAGGAUCUCUUUAUAAUAAAUUCUUACCAAAAUAGGAUUACAUCUUUGGGCUUUGCAGUUUGCAUAGUUACACAUGCAAAUUCUGUUGCCUCCAACUCUGAGGCUGCACUUACUGUGUUUUAGAUGUGUUUCUCUGUGUAAAGUUUGCCUAAAAUCCCUGUCCACUGAUUUUCUAUGCUUGGAGGUAGGAAGGGCAGACACUUCUAUCUGCAUCAGUCCUGCCCCUGUUGCAGUUCCAAAGCACUGAACAACUGCAAAGCCUUGGAGAUGAGGUGGAAGGAACUUAUCUCAGGAAACACGGGUAAGUUAUUCUGGAAAGAAACUGUCCCUGGAAGUUUUUAAGUUGAUCCUUGCUGGUGUGCUUGACUCGUGUGAUGGAGGGUGUGUUCUGAUGGUGUUUGUUCCCUAACAGGAAAAAAGGGAUUUUUCUCAGAUGAGUUGUCUCAGGCAAGUAAGAUGAAUAAACACAAGGGAGCCUAUAGUUUUUACAAGAGUGAAAGGUUAAGCUAAAGUUAAUGGAGGAGCCUAGAUUUAAGCUACACAGAUUCUGUCUAUUUCUACAGAAUAGCUGUGUCUUAAGCUUGCAUGCUUUCUUUUUUCCACAGUAGCCACCCAGCCCAGGUUACUCUGGUUGAGAGCACUCCCUCUUGCACCUACAGGGAAUACAACAUGCAUAUGCCUGCACAGCAGUACCCCGAGGAGCUGUGGGAGCACAGAGCUCACUGUAGGCUGAUUUACCCAUUCACUCAGUAUCUCUACAGUGUGCUUCUGUGACAGCAGUCUAGACAUACCCAUGUUGGUAUAAGUCACCUUUAUGUAACUUGAACUACACACACUAGGGCUUUUACUGCAAAUAAACUGUCUCUCUGUUUAAAGAUCAUAUCCUUAACCAACAGAGUCAUAUCAAGCACACUGUUAAAAUUCUUAGACCACACCUAUGAAAUAUUGUGCAGAGGAUUCAGUGAAAGCAUGCUUUCUUGUUUUGUUUAAUUUAAAAACUCGUUAGCCAACACAAUUAUUACUGGUUUAUUAAAGGACUUAGAAGGUGGUACUUUAAUGUGAAGCUGACAAGUGAGAAUUCAUGUUGUAGAAUUGCUUCAUGGCCAGCUCCAGUUUCCAUAGCAACAGUUAUGCCAGUAAAAGGUAGGUAAGGAAAAUGGAAUUUUUAAAAUCAGUCACCGUUUCUGUUACCUUAAAAAGGUAAGUUUCCAUAGAAAUGCAGCACCUGAGAACAAAAAUUACUUAAGAAUCUCAAUAUUCUAUUCUGGCAAAAUGCAUGGUGAUUGUUUUUCUUGUGAGGAAACAAAGAAACAGCUUUACCUUCAGUCCCUGCCCUCUGCUUAUGUGAGAGGGGAGAUGAGGUUACUUCAUACCUCAGUUGCCCCCUUUUGUAAACUGGGAAUAAUACAAUUUCCCAUGUAGGGCAUAAGCCUCAUUUUUUUUUGUAAUCCUAGUCAUUAAAAGCUCUAUGGGAGCUAUUAGAGAAAAACUGUGGCUGUGUGGGAGAGAGUGAAUGGAUAAAUGCUGGAGAGGAACUUUAGACUUUUUUAGUACUAAUAGCUUUAUAUUUUUAUGCCUCAUUUUCCUUGCAUAUUGCUUUGCUUGUCUUGUUGUCUUGCUCUCCAAGGCAAAUGAGGGUCUCCCUGGUUUUAUUUAUAUCAUAUUUUUCCUGGAAUCAUAUUUCUAAUGACUUCUUAGAUGACUUCAUAAAAAUAGAAACCCAGAUAAAUGAGUUCUGAGUAUUCUUGUUCUGAAAUCUUUAAAUUUGGACCCACGAAGGUAUGGAUUUUACACAA